GACUGGGGACGAAAGAUGGCGGCGGGAGCGCUGCUUCUGGGGCUCCUGUUCCCCGCCUGCCUGGCCAGCGCCGUCGGGAGCCUGAACUUGGAGGAGCUGAGCGAGAUGCGCUAUGGCAUCCAGAUCCUGCCGCUGCCUGUCCUGGGAGGGCAGAGCCCGGCUUCCGACGUGGUGAUCGUCUCCUCCAAGUACAAGCAGCGCUACGAGUGUCGCCUACCAGCUGGAGCCAUUCACUUCCAGCGUGAAAGGGAGGAGGAGUCACCUGCUUACCAAGGGCCUGGUAUCCCUGAGUUGUUGAACCCCAUGAGCGAUGCUCCCUGCCUGCUGAAGACCAAGGACUGGUGGACAUACGAAUUCUGUUAUGGACGGCACAUCCAGCAGUACCAUAUGGAAGAUUCAGAGAUCAAGGGUGACAUCCUCUAUCUGGGCUACUACCAAUCGGCUUUCGACUGGGAUGAUGAAACAGCCAAGGCCUCCAAGCAGCACCGCAUGAAACGCUACCACAGCCAAACCUACGGCAAUGGGUCCAAGUGUGACCUCAAUGGGAGACCUCGGGAAGCUGAGGUUCGGUUCCUCUGCGACGAAAGCGCAGGUAUUUCUGGGGACUACAUCGAUCGUGUGGACGAGCCCUUGUCAUGCUCUUACGUGCUGACCAUUCGGACUCCGCGGCUCUGCCCACAUCCCCUCCUCCGGCCCCCGACCAGUGCUGCGCCACAGGCCAUUCUGUGCCAUCCAGCCCUGCAGCCGGACGAGUACACGGCCUACCUUCAGAGGCAAGCCGAUUCCAAGAAGUUGGAAGGUAAAAUCGCAGAGGAGGCACAAGACACAGACCCACAAAUACGGAGUGAGACCAAGCCCGGGGUGGGGCACCCGGAGAAAGCAGGUGUCAGCACAGCCGAGGAGGCCAGUAAGGAGUCAGAGUUCUGGAAGAUGCUUCAUGAGCCGGAGGACCAGGCUGCAAGAGGGGAGGAGGUGCAGGCAGGGGAGCAGGACCUGAACCUCGAAGCUGCAGUAGACCCAGCUCCCCACCCUCCCGACGAUUUUCAGAACAAUGUGCAGGUCAAAGUCAUUCGGAGUCCUGCAGAUUUGAUUCGACUGAUAGAGGAGAUGAAAAUUGGAACAAAGAAGGAGAAGCCAAGCACAGGCCAAGAACAGUCUGUAGAUGAUGCCGUGGAAGCCCCUCAAAGGGAUGCAGAGGGGAAGGAAAAGGGUGAUGCCCCUCCGAGUGCAGUGGAGGAGGAGGAGGACAAUGAUGAGGAUGAAGAUGAAGACGAGGAUGAGCGGCAGUUACUGGGAGAGUUUGAGAAGGAGCUGGAGGGGAUUCUGCUCCCCUCAGACCGUGACAAGCUCCGUUCAGAGGUGAAGGCUGGCAUGGAGCGGGAACUGGAGAACAUCAUCCAGGAGACAGACAAGGAGCUGCACCCAGAUGGGCUGAAGAAGGAGUCAGAGCGUGAACGGGCAAUAUUGGCUCUGACAUCCACUCUUAACAAACUCAUCAAGAGACUGGAGGAGAACCAGAAUCCAGAGCUGGUGAAGAAGUACAAGAAAAAGAGGGUUGUCCCCCAAAAGCCUCCCCCGUCACCGCGCCCUGCAGAGGAGGAUCCUGAGCACAGAGUCCGGGUCCGGGUCACCAAGCUCCGUCACGGAGGCCCCAAUCAGGAUCUGACUGUCCUCGAGAUGAAACGGGAAAACCCACAGCUGAAACAAAUCGAGGGGCUGGUGAAAGACGUGCUGGAGAGGGAGGGACUCACGGCCGAAGGCAAGAUUGAGAUCAAAAUUGUACGUCCUGGGGCUGAUGGGACUGAGGAGGACACACGCUGGCUGACUGAUGAGGACACAAAGAGCCUCAAGGAAAUCUUCUUCAACAUCUUGGUGCAGGGAGCGGAAGAGGCCCACAAAGAGCGCCAGCGGCAGAAGGAGCUGGAGAGCAACUACCGCCGGGUGUGGGGCUCUCCAGGUGGCGAGGGCACUGGGGACAUGGAUGAGUUUGACUUCUGAAACCAGCACUGCCACUUCCUCCAAGGGCUCCAGCAUCUUUUGGACUUGCCCUGCCUCCUCUUCCUCCUCCCUCCCCACCCUGGGGCCUUGGAGACCAAACAGCAGAUUGGAGCUAAACUGUGGACUACGGACCCUGCUGGGAGGUGUGGGAGGCCCAGGUGAGGCUGCUGCGGCUGGGCUGCCCGGAGCCACCCUUCAUACCUCACCGAGCCUGCGGGGCCUGGGCUCCCAGGCUCUUCCCACAUGCCCUUCCCUUCCUCCUCAGCUUCCCUUGUUGUUUCCUAAUUUGUUGGUUCUUCCCUCGUCCUACCCAGAGACUCAGAGCGGGGCAGGGGCAACAGAAAGAGCAAAGCAUUUAGCAGACUCCCAGAGAGCAGACUGGCCACCCCGCCCUGUUGCCAAUCACAGUCUCUUGCCCUUCCCUUGGAUUUUCUUCUCCCUUCCUGCUCCCACUGCCCCGUACGUCUGUGCUUCUGAGUCAGGAGUCUUUACCUCUUCACUGAGGGAGUGGAAGGCCAUUGGACAUCACCUCAGACACAAUCCCAGCAAAAAGAGUGGGAGGCGAAAGCACCCACCGUGUUCUUCAACAAUCGGGUUUUUAAAUAAAGAACUGGACCAUCA